CCACCCCCCCUCAGCUGUGGAUCAGCUCCGUACGGCUUCCUCAUCUCCUCCUGAGCUCCGCACAGGGACCAGACCGCCUCAGAGUAGCAGAAACGGGACCACUACCUGACACACCGCUCCACACCUCCAUCAUGGCGCUCACCAACGACCCCAACUACAAGAAGCUGGAGCAGUGGUACCGAGACAACGCGGGCAGCCUCAACAUGAGGGACAUGUUCGAGUCCGACAAGGACAGAUUCAGCAAGUUCAGCACGACGCUGCAGACGGACGACGGAGAGAUCCUGCUUGACUUCUCCAAAAACCUCAUCAACCAGGAAGUCAUGUCCAUGCUGCUCGCCAUGGCCAAGUCAAUGGGAGUGGAGGAGGCUCGAGAAAAGAUGUUCUCUGGAGAGAAGAUCAACUUCACUGAGGGUCGUGCAGUGCUCCACGUCGCUCUGCGUAAUCGCUCCAACAAGCCGAUCACUGUGGACGGUCAAGACGUGAUGCCGGAGGUGAACCGAGUUCUGGACAAGAUGAAGGCGUUCUGUCAGAGGGUCCGCAGCGGGCAGUGGAAAGGCUUCAGCGGGAAAAGCAUCACUGACGUGGUGAACAUCGGCAUCGGGGGCUCUGACCUGGGCCCUCUGAUGGUCACCGAGGCUCUGAAGCCAUACUCAUCCGGGGGACCAAACGUUUGGUUCGUCUCAAACAUCGAUGGGACUCACAUGGCCAAGACCCUCGCCCAGCUCAACGCAGAGACCACACUGUUCAUCAUCGCCUCCAAGACGUUCACCACACAGGAGACUAUCACCAACGCAGAGUCUGCCAGAGAAUGGUUCCUGAAGACCGCCAACGAUAAAUCUGCCGUGGCCAAACACUUUGUGGCUCUCUCCACCAACGCAGUCAAAGUUAAGGACUUUGGCAUCGACACAGCCAACAUGUUUGAGUUCUGGGAUUGGGUCGGAGGUCGUUACUCUCUGUGGUCGGCCAUCGGUCUGUCCAUCGCUCUGCAUGUAGGUUUUGAAAACUUUGAGCAGCUUCUGUCCGGAGCUCAUUGGAUGGAUAACCAUUUCCGCAGCACCCCCCUGCAGCAGAACGUUCCCGUUCUUCUCGCUCUGCUUGGCGUCUGGUACAUCAACUUCUUCCAGGCAGAGACUCACGCCAUGCUGCCCUACGACCAGUACAUGCACCGCUUCGCCGCUUACUUCCAACAGGGAGACAUGGAGUCUAACGGGAAAUACAUCACUAAAGAUGGAAGCCGUGUGAACUAUCACACUGGACCAAUCGUGUGGGGGGAACCAGGAACUAACGGACAACACGCCUUCUACCAGCUCAUACACCAGGGAACUCGGAUGAUUCCUGCUGACUUCCUCAUUCCUGCUCAGUCUCAGCAUCCAAUCAGCAACAACCUCCAUCACAAGAUCCUGGUGGCGAACUUCCUGGCUCAGACUGAAGCUCUGAUGAAGGGAAAAACUUCCGAUGAGGCUCGAAGAGAGCUGGAGGCUGGCGGCCUGAAAGGAGACGCUCUGGAGAAACUGCUACCACACAAAGUGUUUGAGGGAAACAAGCCGAGUAACUCCAUUGUUUUUAAGAAGCUGAGUCCGUUCAUGCUGGGAGCUCUGGUCGCCAUGUACGAACACAAGAUCUUUGUGCAGGGAGUCAUGUGGAACAUCAACAGCUACGACCAGUGGGGGGUUGAACUGGGGAAACAGCUGGCGAAGCAGAUCGAGCCAGAGCUGAAAGACGACUCGGAGGUCACCUCCCAUGACUCGUCCACUAACGGACUCAUCAACUUCCUGAAGAAGAACUUCGCCUGAGCCCCCUCCUCCUCCUCCUCCCCCACUCUGUACUCCUCUGUCAUUGGCUGAAGCUCUGUUUUGGUCCGUCCGAGCACUUCCUGUUUGUUGAUGUGAUACGUCACAUGUAGCCGUGUUUAAACUUGAAAAGGGAGAUUAUAUAUUGCUUUAAAGGGAGAAGAGAAAAUCAAAUGUGCAGAUGUUACUGUAGGUGACUACUCUAGUCAGCACUGCCUUUCAAAAUAAAAGCCCUGUUGUCACUGGA